AUGAACAUCAUUCGAGCAUCACGCGAUCCUCGAAUGUUUGAUCCAAUAGGUUAUGAUGCAGAUGAACGUGAAAUUGUUAGAAAUAUUAUCAUUAACUUCCAUGCACAGUUAAAAUUUUUUAUUCCUUCAACAAAAUUCAAAAACUUAUCUCAAAUUAUUAAUAUCCCUCAACAAGAGGAACAUGAUAUUGCAAAUGAACAGCCUUCUGAAGAAGAAUUAGAAAGAAUUAGAUUAGAAGAAGCAUAUAUGAAAGCAAAAGAAAUAAUAGAACAAGCAAAUGUUCUAGUUGGAGAUGAAAUGGAAAAUGAAAAUGAUGAUUCUGAAAUAAAUCAUGUUGCAAAUUUCAUUAAUAGUAUUAAUUAUACAUAUGAUCCAAAUGAUCCUGAAAUUCAUUAUCAAAUAGAUAGAUUAGAUAGUUCUGAUAAUGAUAUGAAAUUCACUGAAGGUGAGAAAGAUAUUCCACAAGCAGAAGAAAAUUUUAACGAACAUGCCGGUAGCGAAGCAUCAGGUGAUGAUAAUUUUCAAGAUUUACUUGAUGAACCAUACUCAGAAUAUUCUGAAGAUUCAGAUAAUUAUUAA